GAACGUAUGUGCUGAAGGUGUGCGGUUUUUUUUAGCAUUUUAGUUAUUUAGCGUCGGUUGUGCUGCCGUCUCCGCGCGCUGUGCUUGACUUCGACACGCGGAAGCCGCUCGCGCUGUGCCGUUCGGUGCAACGUCCGAAGCUGCGACCACUCGGAUGCACCGGCCGAGAUGAGAGGUCUACGGCGGCGCUGACCCAAGCCUCGGACCGUUCUCCGACUCUCAUCUACCGGCAUAAUGGGCGACGACACCAGCGUACGGGUGGCCGUCCGGGUGCGCCCGCUGAUUCCUCGGGAGGUCAUAGACAUGUGUCACGCUUGCACCAGUGUCACCCCCGGUGAGCCGCAGAUCUGGGUGGGCAAGGAGAAGGCAUUUACGUUUGACCAUGUCUUCGACUGCCCCUCUGAGCAGGAGACAAUUUACAACAACUGUGUCCGCCAGCUUAUUGAUGGGUGCUUCGAAGGUUAUAAUGCCACAGUACUUGCUUAUGGCCAGACUGGAUCGGGCAAAACGUACACGAUGGGUACAGGCUAUGACCUGCACGUUAAUCCUCACGAGCUGGGCAUUAUACCGCGAGCCGUGCAACACCUCUUCGAUGGCAUUGCUGCCUGCCAGCAAGAGGCACGAGACCAAGGCAAACCACCCCCAGACUUCAAGAUCAAUGUACAGUUUAUGGAGCUUUACAAUGAAGAGAUCUUCGAUCUCUUGAGCCCUGGCAAAGAUAUGCAUGAACCAGGGAGGAAAUCUGUGAAGAUUCACGAAGACUCUAAGGGAGAGAUAUAUACUGUUGGUGUUACUGCCAAAGCUGUACAAAAUGCAGAACAGGUCAUGAAGUGCCUUGAAUCGGGGGCUCUCUCGCGAACGACUGCCAGCACCCAGAUGAAUGUACAGUCAUCUAGGUCACAUGCCAUCUUUACACUGCACAUCAAGCAGCAGAGGGUGGUCCAGCUAAAUUUGGAAGAUGGCAAUGCGGAGGACCAGGAGGAGAACAAUGCCCUUUCAAAGGUCAACGGGGAAGGUUCGUCGAUGAGCGAAUUCGAAACGCUCACAGCAAAGUUCCAUUUCGUCGAUCUGGCUGGCUCAGAACGACUCAAACGCACCGGUGCCACUGGGGAUAGGGCUAAGGAAGGAAUCUCCAUUAACUGUGGCCUUCUUGCUCUUGGAAAUGUCAUCUCUGCCUUGGGUGACGUGUCUAGGAAAGUGCUUCACGUUCCGUACAGAGACUCCAAGUUGACGAGGCUACUACAGGAUUCGCUAGGAGGGAACAGCCGUACCCUGAUGAUUGCCUGCGUCUCUCCUUGUGAUCGAGACUUCAUGGAGACUCUCAACACCUUAAAAUAUGCGAAUCGGGCCAAGAACAUCAAGAACCGAAUCACAGUGAACCAAGACAAGUCAAGCCAGACAAUCACAGCCCUCCGAAUGGAGAUCCAGGCGUUGAAAUUGGAGCUGAUGGAAUACAAGCAGGGCAAGCGGUUGGUCGGAGAAGAUGGCACGGAGCAGGUCAACGACAUGUUCUACGAGAACACAAUGCUCCAGACCGAGAAUAACAACUUCCGAACCCGCAUCAAGGCCCUCCAAGAAACUGUGGAGCGACUCACUGUCAAGAACACGGAGCUCCUGGCUGAGCUAGCAACUGUGGCGUGGGUUGGCCGCGGGGACUCGGACAACGGAGAAGGAGUCAAGAACCUCAUCCAGGGGUACUUGAAGGAGGUUGAAGAAUUGAGGUCCAAGCUCAUGGAGUCGGAGGAGGUGUGUGCACAGCUUCGAAAGCAGGUUCAGAGGUACCAGGCACGCACCAGCAUGAGUCCCAACUCCACAGUGGCAGUGAGUGGCGUCUACGACAUCAGCUGCAGCGUCGAGGAGACCAGCGUAGAUGAUGUACUUGCAGAGGCAAAGCGCGAUAUAGAGAACCUCAAGCGCAAGACGAAGCACUUGUCAUCCAAAGCGAACAAAGAGGACGAGGACGGCGAAAAGAAGUCUGAUGCUGACGAGGACACCGCUGAGAACAGUGGGAACGAAAGCUCAGACUCCGAAGCAGAGGAACUGGAGGAAGAUGAAACGAUUGGCAAGGACCUGGCCACACUCACUACCGAGAUCUCCUUCAAGCAGAAGCUGAUUGAUGAACUGGAACAGAGUCAGCGCAGGCUACAAACAAUGCGCAUGCAGUACGAAAGCAAGCUCAUGCAGUUGCAGCAGAAGAUACGAGAGACAGAGAUGGAGAGGGAUCGCAUUCUUUCCAACAUGAGCUCUGCUGGUGCAUCAAAGGACACAGACGAGAAAGUUCGCAAGAUCAAGACUGACUUUGAGCGGAAACUCAACCAUCUUCAAGGCGAGCUGAAGAAGAUGCAGUCAGCCAAACGUGAGCACGCCAAGCUGAUGAGAAACCAGAGCGAGUACGAGCGUCAGGUCCGCAAACUAAAGCAAGAAGUGGCAGACAUGAAAAAAAACAAGGUGGCCUUGGUGACUAAAAUGAAAGAGGAGAGCCGGCGGCAUCAGGAGACUGAAAAACGGCGCAACAGGCAGAUCGCGCAGAUGCUCAAGGAGAGCCGCCAACAGGAGAACCGCAUCCGUUCUCUCGAGGCCCAGAACCGGACCAAGGAGACGGUCCUGAAGCGGCGUCAUGAGGAGAUGGCUGCUCUGCGCAGACAGGCACGACCUAUGUCGCAGCGCGUUGCCGGGCGCGUUCCCCAACAGAAUCCAGCUGCACGGAAAGGACUGUUCUCUCCAAAAGCAGCCAAGCAGAGAUGGCAGACACUUGAAAAGAACAUCGACAAACUGGUCUUGACCAAGCAGAGUGUCUACACCUUGGAGAAGGACAUGGAGCGAUCUCUCUUGGAGCGUGAAAAACUGACACGCUACCUGGAAAAAAUGAUGCGGAAGCGAGAAAGAGCGCUUCAAGCUGGGAAGGACAUCCGGGACUUGGACGACCAGAUAGAGAGCAUGAGGGCGAAUCUGGAUUACCUGAACGAGAACAUCCGGGAAUGUCAGGCCAACAUCCUCCAAGUAGAAGAGACCAAAGAUGACACAGACUGCCUAGAACUGGAGACUAUUCUCGAAGGCAUAGUGGACACGCAGGGUCGCUACUUGCUCGACAAGCUGCUGCACAUGGCGAUAAACCAGAGUCUGCAGGCAGCGCAGAGCAAAAGCCAGGUCCAGGAGCUGGAAGCCAGGCUGGAACAGGUGGAGGCUAGCAACGCCAUGCACCAGAACCUUCUGCAGCACACCAUGAACCAGAUGCAACUGGAGCCCUUGGCACCGCCCAGCUGGUCAGAAGAGCCGGAAAGUGCACCCAGCACAAGGUCAUCGUCGCCAACUGACAUGUCAACGUCAGAUGCUCAAUCGCAAUGCACGACAGCCACAUUUGCUAGGAGUAAAGCACGUCGCAAGACAGCCACUCCUCAAGAGCUCCUCUACUAUAGACCUGCGCCGAUGGACGCCUCCCUUCCAUCGCUCUCGGGCGUUGCGGAGGACACCGGCAGCGACAUGGCAUCGUCUGUCAUGACCUCAUCUGCCAUGACUGCAUCUGUGUUCGGCGACAUCUCAGAUGCUAUGAUUAUGUCCCAUCCUGACGGUGGCUGCCUCAACCUCGGAGUGGACGCGAAUCUCCAGCGGGUGCUCAGUGCGCCAGGAUCUUUGAAAGAAGUGGGCGUUGACCCCAUGCCACCUCCGCGUGGUACGCCCGGACUUCGCCGCCCCAAGCCUAUCACCAAGCACCUGCCCCUCGAGCUCUCUCCUAUGCUGAGGAGAAAGUUCUCAAACACUAACAGUAACCGCUACUUGCAAAAAGAUGCUGGCAUUGAUGCCACGCCACCACCAUCGCCCCCCGUAAAUCGGAAAGCGAGGGACAACAAUGUCUUCUCGAGGCUCACCAGCACCUCUACGAAUCCAUUAGUCAAGCCAGACAGAGGCGUAAUCAGUGCGUUUGAGGGCAAGCCAGGCUAUUCGCGGAGCUCCCCACUGGUCUGCACGCACGUGGCAGAGGGCCACAGCAAGGCUGUCCUCUCCCUGGCUGUCACAGACGAUGUCCUGUUCAGUGCUUCAAAAGAUCGCACAGUGAAGGUCUGGAACUUGCACACGGGCCAGGAGAUCCACUGCUUGCGAGGCCAUGUAGACAAUGUGGUGGCCGUGCGCUACUGCGAGUACCAGCGCCUCACCUAUACGGUUUCCACGGCCUUCAUCAAAGUGUGGGAUGUGCGAGAAAGCCCCGCCAAGUGCAUCCGCACUCUCUUCUCUUCAGGCCAGUGCAGCAGUGGGCCUGUUGUCGCUGAGUCAGCAUCUCGUAGCCUUCAGAUUCCACAAGGGGAAACGCGCAUCCACACCAUUGAGUUGAGCCCAUAUGGAAACCUGCUCUUCUCGGCUGCCUCGAACAUAGUUCGCAUUUGGGACAUUCGCAAAUUUGCCUGUGUAGGCAAGCUGGCAGGUGGACACCAGGCAGCGGUGAUGUGUAUGGCAGUGGAUGAAGUGGAUAAUGAAUCCAGCCUCGUCAUCACAGGCUCCAAGGACCACUACAUUAAGGUGUUUGAAAUCCCCGAGAGUGGGAGUGGGGUCUUCACCCCCAAGGUAAACCUGGAGCCACCCCACUACGACGGCAUCCAGAGCCUUGCUGUCUACAAUGAGUACCUCUUCUCUGGAUCACGCGACAGGUGCAUCAAGAAGUGGGACCUUGCCAAUCGAUGCCACAUCACGUCACUGAACCAAGCCCACAAGAAUUGGAUCUGCGCACUCGCAAUCAUGCACAGUGGUAGUGCCCCACCUGUGUUGCUGAGCGGCUGUCGCGACGGCCUGCUGAAAAUGUGGAACACUGAAAACUGCUCGCUUGUUGGUGAGCUUAAGGCGCACGGCUCCACCAUCAAUGCCAUUGCCACAAACUCGUCCUGCGUCUUCACGGCGUCCAGCAACAGCGACAUUAAGAUAUGGCGAACACCGGGCUACUAUCUUGAAGCCGAGAUGUGCUCCGAAGAUGCCGAGGGCAACAGCACCAAGUUUGGGCCUGGGACAGGAUAGGUGGCCAGCGGUCCACGGGCCGCCUAACAAUAACUACCACUUCCUGUCCCAGUUUACUUUCGCCUGUACAUCCCGCAUGAAGUGGCCAACCUGCACCAGUUCUGUUUAAUUUUUCACUGUUGCAGAUUAACAAUCCUUGAUUUUGGUUGUAUAAUGUGCAUUAUUUUGUUCAUUAUGUGCAUAAACUGGUUAAAAAAAUUCUGCACAUUUGCGUGGUAUCUUGUCAAAUCCAAUUUACAAUCCAGUUCACCGUUGUAGUGAAAUAAGCUCUCUUUGCUGUUAUAUUAGUAUCUCUUUUCAAAAUGAAUAGGCAAUAAAAGACGCACAGCAUAAAUCAAAUUUCUAUUGUUCCUAAGCAUUAUGCAAGCAUAGCAAUAUAUUUUAAGGCUAUAAACCAUAGGAGUCAAAUUUCUCAAAACCGUAGCUACAUACAUUGUAAACAGUGGCAAAAUAGGAAAAGCUUGUUCAACUGUUCCCAUGGCAGCACUCCUUAUAUGCCCGUUCGAACUCCUUAUAUGCCCAGCAUAUCAGUUUUUUUUUUUUUUGGCUUCUUGCACAGUAAAAUGUUUGUUGUAUGAGCAUUUAUUUCUUUGGUAUUAUCCUUACUUUCAACAUUUUUUCAAGCAUUUGCAUAUACCCCAAACUUCACUGUUAAUUUAGUUUGAGUUUCCUUUAUUGUGGAAGAAAGUGGCCCUCCAGUCUUCUCAGUUUGUUUUUAGUUUUGCCGUUGCAGUCCUGCCAGCAUGUUUAACCUCAACAAUGUGCUUCCUUUCCAACCCUGCCACCUCCUCCCCGUCCCGUGCUUGCCACUUUCGUCGAUUUGCUGUUCUCAUCGACGCUGAGCAGCGACAACACCGUGCGGGUUUGGCAAGUGCGGAACAGCCUAGAAAUCUCUCCAGACCUUCCCGACUACUAGCGUCCAACUGUGCGAAUACGCCAGACGCUCGCUCUACCUCCACGUGCGACUGAAACUGCUCGCACCGCAGCCCGUGCUGUGAUCAAAGUGGACUAUCGUUGUGACAAUGAUGCUAUUGUGACGGCAGCACGCCCUGUUGUUCUUAAGUGUUUUUCAUUUUUUUUCACUCCAACCAUUCCAAAUCAAAAUUUCUGAGGCGGCCCCUUGUAACAUUUUUUUCUUCCACUUCCACGAGUGCAUUUUGACUGCCCCUAGUCUUUCAUCUAUUUAUAAGAGCUUUUAAUAUACAAUUUAAUAAAUUUCUUAUUUAAGUGCUUGAUGUUUUUUUUAGGGACGUGGAGAGAAAGCUUUUAGUUGACUGUGACAUUCACCAAAGCUGUUCUUGGCUGCCUCAGGGUGUUUUAACGAGUUUCAUUUCAACGAAUGGCCGAUUCAUAGGCCUUAGUUCCAAACCGGUUCGAGUUGGCUAUUUGAAUGUGGAAGCCCUCCACUUCUCUUAGGAUUAUUCUAAUCAAAACCUAUUUAUGAAUUUCAUCGUCUUGCAACCUCACGACUAUUUAUAUAUAUUUCAGCUAUCCUUAAUUUAUUAAUGUCAUGUUUGUGUUGUGCUUACUAGGCUGCAAGAAGUAAUCUCAUACUAGGAAAGGUUAUGCACAUUGUGUGUAUGUGCAAACCCUUUGAACAUUUCAUGAAAGUGGCUGCUUGAAUGCUAGAGAAAGUAGUAGGUUUUUCCAAACUGUGAAGGAAUGUCUGACAUAGCAAAAGCUUGUGGCCGCAAGCGAACGCCAGCUUAGGAUGAAAUUUCGGUGAUACAUUCCAGACGUGCAUAUUUUAUUUUCGUGGAUGAGCUAUUUAUUGAGCAAUAUAUUUCUGCGUGUAGCCAUUUACACUUUUUUUAUUCCGAAUAAAAGUGUUUCCAUGUUAUAUUUACAAACUGUGACGUCUUAGCCUCCUUGUAGUACCUGCUGGUGUAAUAUCUGUUUGACGACUCUAAAGACUUCGAAUGUGUUCUGCCUCUGCCAACAUUCCUGUGCUGCAGGUUCUGUUCAUGUACAAAGUGUAAGUAGGCUAAUAAAGAAUGUAGGACUGCAAAGUCCAUUCAGCGAUUCCGAA